AUGCCGAACGAAGAGCCCAACACAAACGGCAACAGCCGCCUACGCAUCAUCUCGAACCGCCUGCCCCUGACCAUCAAGCGCAGUGACGAUGGCCAGUACAAUUUCUCCAUGUCCUCUGGUGGCCUUGUCACCGGCCUGAGCGGUCUGUCCAAGACCAUGACCUACGAGUGGUACGGCUGGCCUGGUUUGCAAGUACCCGAAAACGAGACUGGCCACAUGAAGGACAUGCUCAAGAAGGAGUGCAAUGCUCACCCGGUCUUCAUCGACGACGAUCUGGCCGACAAGCAUUACAAUGGUUUCUCCAAUGAGAUUCUUUGGCCACUCUUCCACUACCACCCCGGCGAGAUCACCUUCGACGAGUCUGCCUGGGCCGCCUACCAUGAAGUCAACCAGCUCUUUGCCAAGACUGUCGUCGCCGACGUCGAGGACAAUGACAUGAUCUGGGUCCAUGACUACCACCUUAUGCUCCUUCCCCAGAUGCUGCGGGAGCUGAUUGGCGACUCCAAGAAGAACGUCAAGAUCGGCUUCUUCCUCCACACUCCCUUUCCCUCUUCCGAAGUCUACCGUAUCAUCCCCGUCCGCGAGGCCCUCCUGUAUGGCGUCCUGCACUGUGACUUGAUCGGCUUCCACACCUAUGACUAUGCCCGUCACUUCUUGUCCUCAUGCAGCCGUAUCCUGUCAGCAACAACAACACCCAAUGGCGUCGACUUCAACGGGAAGUUUGUAACUGUCGGCGCUUUCCCCAUUGGUAUCGACCCGGAAAAGUUCGUCGAAGGCCUUAAGAAACAGAAGGUCCAGGAGCGUAUCGCUGCGCUGGCACGCAAGUUCGAGGGCGUCAAGCUCAUCGUUGGUGUUGACAGACUGGACUAUAUCAAGGGCGUGCCUCAGAAGCUUCACGCAUUGGAGGUCUUCCUGACAGAGCAUCCCGAGUGGAUCGGCAAGAUUGUCUUGGUACAGGUUGCCGUGCCAUCUCGGCAGGACGUCGAAGAGUACCAGAACCUGCGCGCAGUGGUGAAUGAGCUCGUCGGCCGCAUCAACGGCCGGUUUGGCACGAUCGAGUUCAUGCCCAUCCACUUCCUGCACCAGAGCGUCAGCUUCGAGGAGCUGACGGCCCUGUACGCCGUCUCCGACGCCUGCUUCGUGACCUCGACGCGUGACGGCAUGAACCUGGUCUCGUACGAGUACAUCGCCACGCAGCGCGAGCGCCACGGCGUCAUGAUCCUGUCCGAGUUCACCGGUGCCGCGCAGUCCCUCUCUGGCUCCCUGAUCGUCAACCCCUGGAACACGGAGGACAUGGCAAAUGCGAUCCAUGAUGCUGUGACCAUGUCGGCCGAGCAGCGCGAGGCCAACUACCGAAAACUGGAGAAGUAUGUGUUCAAGUACACGUCCGCGUGGUGGGGCAAGCAGUUUGUCACCGAAAUGAAGCGGCUGGACGCUACCGUAGGCAAGGGCCAGGGCGGCAUCCCCGUCGGCAAUGGACCACCCAAGAUCCCCUUGAAGGAGAAGAUCAACGACAAGAUCAAGGGUGCCGUAGAGACUGUCACGGGCGGAAAGGCUGGCGACAAAGAGACCGAAGAGGCGUCCUAG